AAAAAAAAAAAAAAAACUCUUCUCUGUGUCUGUCUCCACAGUGUUAGCUCAUUUCUUUAAUUGUUUGUUUCUUUGUCUGUCCCGCUUUGUUCCUGUCCUCAAUCCCUUUCAUUUUUUCCCUGAAACCACUCAAAGAAGCCUCUGAUAACACCCCUCGGAGAAUCCAAAAAGCAAAACCCAAAAAUCCCCUUCUCAAACUAAAAAAAACCCACACAAAAACAAAAAACAAAAAAACAAAAAAAAAAACCCAAAACCCAAAACCCAAAACUCAAAAAACUUCUCUCCCAUGGAAGCCUCACAAAAAACCCCACUCCAAGACCUCCCAGAGGCCUCCCCAAAGCCGUACAAGAAGAACUUAAUGACCUCAUUAAUGGCGGCCGCCUCCACCACUCUCCGCUCUCCUUCCUUCAAAGAAGACACCUACUUCGUCUCUAACCUUAAAUCCUCCGAAAAGAAAGCCCUCCAAGACCUCAAAGACAAACUCAUGUCGUCCGACACUUUCUCUUCCCCUUCCGAAGCCUCCAUCUGGGGCAUCAACCUCCUCCAAAACGACGAGAGAUCCGACGUCGUUCUCCUCAAGUUCCUCCGCGCCCGAGACUUCCGCGUCGCGGACUCCUUCGCCAUGCUCACCAAGUGCCUCGUCUGGCGAAAGGAGUUCAAAACCGACGUCGUUUUGGAGGAAGAGCUAGGAUUCAAAGAGCUCGAAGGCGUCGUUGCGUAUAUGCAUGGAUACGACAGAGAAGGACACCCCGUUUGCUACAAUGCGUACGGGGUUUUUAGGGACAAGGACAUGUACGACAGGAUUUUUGGUGAUGAAGAGAAGCUGAAGAAGUUUUUGAGAUGGAGAGUUCAGGUUCUUGAAAGAGGGAUUAAUCUUCUCCAUUUUAAGCCUGGUGGGGUCAACUCUUUGAUUCAAGUUACGGAUCUUAAGGACAUGCCUAAACGUGAGCUUAGAGUCGCUUCUAAUCAGAUCCUCUCUCUUUUUCAAGAUAAUUAUCCCGAAAUGGUCGCUCGUAAGAUUUUUAUCAAUGUUCCAUGGUACUUCAGUGUGUUGUAUUCGGUUUUCAGUCCGUUUCUAACUCAACGGACUAAGAGCAAGUUCGUGAUUUCCAAGGAGGGAAAUGUUGCCGAGACGCUUUACAAGUUCAUAAGGCCUGAGGACGUUCCGGUUCAGUAUGGUGGACUGAGUCGACCUAGCGAUUUGCAAAACGGUCCCCCAAAACCUGCCUCCGAGUUCACUGUCAAAGGAGGAGAGAAAGUCAACAUACAGAUUGAAGGAAUUGAGGCUGGUGCAACUAUUACAUGGGACAUUGUAGUGGGUGGGUGGGACUUGGAGUACAGCGCUGAAUUUGUGCCAAUUGCUGAAGGAAGCUACACCAUUGCGGUGGAGAAACCAAGGAAGAUGAAUCCUAGUGAAGAAGCAAUUCACAACUCUUUUACUUCACGAGAAGCAGGCAAAAUGGUCCUCUCUGUAGACAACACUGCCUCUAGGAGAAAAAAAGUAGCUGCAUAUCGCUAUAUCGUCAGAAAAUCCACCACCAUCUAACUUCAGCUAUACUAAAACCAAUUCCAAAA